CAGAAUUUCAUUAAUACAAAAAAAUCUUCCAAAAUCCUAAUUAAAUACCGUACAUUCUUGCCGGAUUCCACAGGCUGUAUAUAUAUAUCUGAUAUUCAGCCAUUGACGCACACCCAUAUUGACUGGCAGGCCUUCCAGCCACAAUGAAGAAAACUGCAAACAUCGUCUUCAUCGCCGCUCCGACCAUCGGAAACCUCGUCCCCGCAGUCGAGUUCGCAACUCAGUUAACCAACACAUACCCAUGUCUUAAAGCCACGGUACUAGUCAUCACCAUGUCUACUCGCCCACUCAUCGACACCUUCGUUGACUCACGCGCCAACGUCAACGCCGGAAAUGUCUCCUUCGUUUACCUCCCUCCCACAGAGCCGCCAUCUCCAGACCAAUAUAAUAGCUUCGUAGGCUUCAUGUCUCUGUCGAUCGAGAAACAGAAAACGCACGUGAAGAAUGCACUCGUGGAUCUCAUGCAGACUCGAUCCGAGCCAACGAACUCAGUUGUCCCCCUGGCCGGAUUAUUUGUUGACAUGUUUUGUACGUCGAUGAUCGAUGUAGCUAAUGAAGUCGGAGUGAAUUCUUAUGUGUAUUUUGCAUCUCCGGCUUCAUUUUUAGGCUUCAUGCUGCACCUUCCAGUAUUAACUAAAUUAAGUGCUGAGUUGGAUGACUCGGAUGCUGAGUUGAGGAUCCCGGGUUUUGUCAAGCCUGUUCCUGUAUCGGUGUUGCCUACUUUCUUUCUCACAAGAAAUAAGGAUGAUGGUUGCUCUUGGUUUGAGUAUAACGCAACCAAAUACAAAGAAGCGAAGGGUAUUAUAGUAAACACGUUCAAGGAAUUGGAGAAUCAUGCUCUGGAUUCUGUCUCUGCUGUUGACUUGCCACCGGUUUACCCGGUCGGUCCGGUUGUUGAUCGUCGCGGACCGGCUGGAUGGAAAGUCAACGAGGAUCAUGAGGUAGUCAGAAAAUGGCUUGAUCAACAACCGGAAGCGUCGGUAGUUUUUCUAUGUUUUGGUAGUAUGGGGAGUUUGAAACCGGCCCAGGUCAAAGAGAUUGCGCAUGGGCUAGAGCAAUCCGGGCACCGGUUCUUGUGGUCACUGCGAGAACCGGCCAAGGGUAAAUUGGACCUUCCAGGGAAUUAUACGAAUCCUGACGCGGUAUUGCCAGAUGGGUUUAAUGAUCGGACGGCAGGGAUUGGAUUGGUAUGUGGUUGGGUGCCACAAGUGAUGGUAUUAGGCCACAAUGCAGUGGGAGGGUUUGUGUCACAUUGUGGGUGGAACUCAAUAUUAGAGAGCUUAUGGCACGGGGUGCCAAUUGCAACAUGGCCUAUUUAUGCAGAGCAGCAGCUGAAUGCAUUUGAAAUGGUGAAAGAGUUUAAAUUUAAAUUAUAUUGUGAAUAUUUUUCUAGUAUCAAUGCAAUUUUAUAACAUAACGUUAUAUCA